AUGAUCCACUUCACUAGGGAUGUCGCCAUUCAGAAGCCCCGAUUUUUCCAUCUUGUUACAGUUAAGAAGCCUACGCCCUUCCCUUACAAAAGUGAUAAGGCGGUGCCAUGGAAGUACGCCGCACAAGGACCCGAUGGAAGGAAAGAUGCAUCCAUUGUACAUGUUAAGGAUGAUCUGUCCUCCUCUAAAGUCACAAACAUAUCCGGUACGAGUGGCAUGACUCAUAAUGGAUGGAUCUUUGAAGUUCUCGAACUACCGGUGCAGUCCAAAGACCCAAAAGGGAAAGAAAAGGUGGAUGUGGGCGAGAGCGAUAAGGCGAACCUGACCCUGAAUGACGAGGUCCUGGUUAGAAAGAUUGCUGAGGAAGGGAACGACUUCAGCAUGAAGGGAAUAUCCAUUGAGGAGGCAAUUGAGUUCUUGGGGAUCAUCCAACAUAGUGAGUUUAAGGUGAUUGAACAAUUAAACAAAAUCUCAGCUAGGAUUUCUCUAUUAGGGUUGCUUAUGAACUCUGAGCCUCAUCGGGCGUUGUUGGUCAAGAUUUUGAAUGAGGCCCACGUAGCACAAGACAUAUCCGUGGAGGGUUUGGGGGGUAUAGUCAAUAACAUCACGGCCAACAACUACCUCACUUUCACCGACGAAGAAAUACUUGUCGAGGGCAGAGGACACAAUAGAGCCUUGCAUGUAUCUGUCAAAUGUUUGGACCACAUAGUGGCCAAAGUGCUUAUCAACAAUGGUUUUUCCCUCAACGUCAUGCCCAAGGCUACUUUGGACAAGCUUCCUUUUAACGCAUUGCACCUGAGACUAAGCUCCAUGGUAGUGCGGGCUUUCGAUGGCAGUCGCCGGGAUGUAAGGGGAGAGAUCGAUCUCCCGAUUCAAAUCGGGCCCCACGUGUACCAAAUUACCUUCCAAGUAAUGGACAUAAAUCCUACCUACAGCUACUUAUUAGGCUGGCCUUGGAUUCAUUCGGUUAGGUUGGUCGCGUUGACACUGCACCAGAAAUUAAAAUUUGUGAUGGAGGGACAGCUAAUUAUAGUUUCGAGAGAAGAAGACAUACUUGUAAGUUAUCCAUCUUCUACGCCUUAUGUUGAGGCUGAAGAGGAGUCAUUGGAAACAUCCUUCCAGGCAUUGGAAGUUAUGAGCAAUGCUUACGUGGAGUCUCCCUCGGUGCAGCUGCACUCAUCUGGAGCCGCUUUGAUGAUGGCUCGGGUUAUGUUGGGGCACAGAUAUGAGCCCAGAAUGGGUUUAGGCCGAAACAAGAAUGGCAUAGCAAGUUUGGUAAAGUUCACAAAGAAUCACAGAAGGUUUGGGUUGGGUUAUAAGCCUACGCACGCCUACAAAAGGAGAAUCUCCUUAGAAAAGAGGGAGAGAAGCUCAGCUCAACCGCAAGGGCUACAAGUGGAAAGAGUCCCCUUUUGUCACAUCGAUGAAAGCUUCGUCAAUGCAGGGUGGAUGUGCAAGGGAUGGGUUGCCGUGACAAAUGAAGAAACCCCUAAAGACCAACCAAUUUGGGUUCGGUCGUGUCCUCCAGAGUUUGAAUUAGGGAAUUGGCAAGUCGUCAAACAACCCGAGAUUUCCAUGGCAAAUUCAAUAUCCAACAAUGAGUCCUGUGAAAGUAGUGAUACUGAGGACCUGCAUGUCGAUUUUGAGCAACUAAUAAAUCAAGCUGAGAAAGGAGAAGAUGAUGAUUAA